UAUUGAAUGUCCAAAGCAAGAAGAAAAAAAUGAACUUGUAUAAAGUCAAAAAAUAAUGCACACAUCUUUUAUUUCUUAUGGUACCAAACUACCAAAUUUAUUCAUUUCUAAAAUGGGUUUAUGCAAGUACAAUAAUUUGAUCUUAGUUCUCAAUUUCAUCACAUUAUUACUAUGUUGUUCUUCAUCACAAAUCAUCAAAGACUCCGAAACUCUAACAUCAAACAGUGGAAAUUUCACCUUAGGAUUCUUCACACCUCAAAAUUCCACAAACCGUUAUGUAGGAAUUUGGAGCAAAACUCAAGUCUUUGUUAUAUGGGUUGCUAAUAGAGAUCAACCAUUGAUCAAUGAUUCUUUAGGAGUUCUUACAAUAUCAAAUGAUGGCAAUCUUGUUGUAUUGAAUGGACAAAAAGAUGUUAUUUGGUCAUCAAAUGUUUCCAAUGUUUCAUCGAAAACCAAUUCUAGUUUCACACUUUCGGAUUAUGGAAGUCUUGUUUUGAUGGAUUCAACAACAGGAAAUACUAUAUGGGAGAGUUUUGAUCAUCCUUCAAAUGCAUUGUUACCAAGCAUGAAGUUUACAAGUAACAUGAACCUCACAUCAUGGAGAACCCCUUUUGAUCCGUUGAUCGGAAGCUUUUCUUUCAGCAUUGAACGGUUGAAGAUUCCGGAAGUUUUUGUUUGGAAUAAAACUCGGCCAUAUUGGCGAAGUGGCCCGUGGAACGGUCAAAUCUUUAUUGGGAUACAAGACAUGGGAACACGGUAUCUUAACGGUUUUCAUUUUGAGAAAGAUAGUACGAGAGGAACGGUUGAUUUGUCUUUCAGAGUAGAUGACUUUGGACUAGUGAUCUACGCCUUGAAUUCGCAAGGUCAACUUCAUGAAAAUUCUUGGAGUAUUGAAAAGGAGGAAUGGAUUGUUACAUGGACUAAUCAUAGAUCGGAUUGCGAUGUUUAUGGUUUUUGUGGUCCAUUUGGAAUUUGUAAUUCAAAAGGGUCACCAAUUUGUAGCUGUUUAGAAGGGUUUGAACCAAGAAACAAACAAGAGUGGAAUCAAAAAAAUUGGACUAGUGGAUGUGUAAGGAAGACAGUUUUGCAAUGUGAGAUUGCGAAAAAUCAAAACGAGAGUAAAAAUGGUAAUGAAGCAGAUGGUUUCUUGAAAUUGAACACGGUAAAAGUACCGGAUUUUGCAGAAUUGUCUUUUGAUGAACAAGAUGAAUGCAAAAACCAGUGUUUGAUGAAUUGCUCUUGCAUUGCAUAUUCAUAUGAUGCUGAUAUUGGUUGUAUGUCUUGGAAUGGAAAACUAAUUGAUAUACAACAAUUCCAAACUGGAGGAUCCGAUCUAAACGUUCGUGUACCCUAUGCUGAACUUGGCAUAUCAGAUAAAGGGCAUAAAGGAACAAUCGUCAUUAUAAUUUCAGUAUUAACAGGAAUUAUCAUAAUUGUGAUCAUUGCUGCAUAUUUCAUUUGUAUGAGGGCUUCAAACCCUGUGAGAAAAAAGCAGAACAGAAUUUUUCAAUUCAACAAAAUUGUAAAACCUGAAGGAUACACUAACAAUGCAAUUGGAGAAUUGUCACAAGAGAAGCUACAAGAGUUAUUACUAUAUAAUUUUGAAAAGCUUGCAACUGCUACAAACAACUUUGAUUUAUCCAACAAACUUGGACAGGGAGGUUUUGGUCCUGUAUACAAGGGAAUACUGCAAGAUGGUAAGGAAAUAGCGGUUAAAAGACUUUCUAGAUCAUCUGGACAAGGGCUAGAAGAAUUCAUGAACGAAGUAGUAGUGAUUUCUAAGCUUCAGCAUCGCAAUCUUGUAAGACUUUUAGGCUGUUGUAUUGAAGGAGACGAAAAGAUGUUGAUGUAUGAGUACAUGCCAAAUAGAAGUUUGGAUGCAUAUGUUUUUGAUCCGUCAAGAAAUAAACUCCUGGAUUGGGAAAAACGCUUCAACAUUAUAGAAGGAAUAGCUCGUGGAUUGCUUUAUCUACACAGGGAUUCUAGGCUAAAAAUCAUACACAGAGAUUUGAAGGCGAGUAAUAUCCUUUUGGAUGACGAGCUAAAUCCAAAAAUAUCUGACUUUGGUAUGGCCAGAAUCUUUAAAGUGAGUGAAGAUCAUGCCAAUACACAAAGAGUUGUCGGAACAUAUGGUUAUAUGGCUCCAGAAUAUGCAAUGCAAGGAGUAUUUUCGGAUAAAUCAGACGUCUUCAGCUUUGGAGUUUUGCUAAUUGAGAUUGUUUGUGGAAGAAGAAACUCAAGCUUUAUUGAAAGUGAAAAUGCUUUGACUCUCCUAGGAAUUGCUUGGAUUCAAUGGAAAGAAGGCAAUAUUUUAAGUUUAAUAGAACCAGAAAUAUAUGAUGAUUGUCAUCAAAAGAAUAUUUUGAGGUGCAUACAUAUAGGACUUCUAUGUGUACAAGAAUCAGCUGCAGACAGACCUACUAUGGCUGCAGUGGUUUCUAUGCUUAACAGUGAAAUUAUGGACAUUCCACCUGCAAGACAACCUGCAUUCCUCUUGAUGCAGAAUAUGAUGAAUACAGUCUCCUCUGAAGAAAGAAUUGAAUUGUAUUCUAAUAAUGGUUUGAGUAUCACAAACAUUCAUGGAAGAUAGUAAAUUGUUGAAGCUUUGUGUAAAUGGUUCACUGGUUCAAGUCUUCCCAGUAAGAGUCGUGUAUUGAUACAUAAAACAAGUCUCGAUCUAUGAAGCACCGACACCUCUAUGAUUAGGCGUGUCGCGGUGUCCGACACUCGUAUGACACUUCUACGACACGUGUCGGAUAGGUCAGACCGGUGUCCAAAAAAAAGUCAAUUUUUCUUUUACUUUGACACUUCUUUGAUCGGUGUUCGACACCUGUAAGACACGCAUGCGACACGUGUCGGACAAGUGUCCCAAAAAAAUUGUUUUUUUUUUUGCUUAUACUCUCCUUAGGCACAUAUCAGACAUAUCUACAAGAGUUAAAGAUAUGUCGAAAAGGUAAAGAAAAGAUAAAAUAUGUAGAUAAUUUACAUUUUAUUGAUCAAUAUUUUUAGUUUUUCGAUAGUAGAUGGAUAAAUAAAAUGUAAAAUAUUAUUAUAUCUUGUUUUCAAUCUUUUUUUAAGAAAUAACUUGCUUAACUUAGAUUUACAUGUAUAUAUUUUGAUUCUAAAUUUAUAUGUUUUAUAAA